AUGUUACAGUUAGAAGAAUUUAAAUUAGAAGUUCCAAAUUCGGCAGGUCAGUUACUGAUACAUUCUGCAUCUUGGAAUCGUCUAAAUAAGACUUUAAAUUUAUUAAUCCUGAAUGGUGUGAAAGUGGACGUUCCGGAUAGAAGUGGUCUGCUACCGAUUCAUUAUGCUUGUGGCAAUGCCAAAUUAGAAGCAGUAGAAUUUCUGGUAAAGAAUGGUGCGGAAGUCAAUGUUCCAGAUAAAGAUGGUCUGCUGCCCAUUCAUUAUGCAUGUAAAAAUUUUCUCUUUGGAUGGCCAAUUAUACCAUUUUUGAGAGAAAAAGGUGUUAACGUAGAUUCCCCAGACCCAAAUGGUCGACUGCCGAUUCAUUAUGCCUGUGAAUAUGGAUAUGUGACUGAAGUAGAGUCAAUAGUAGCGAAUGGAGCCAAAGUGGAUGCUCCGGAUGGAAAUGGUCGGCUGUCCAUGCAUUACGCGUGUUUAAAUGACGCUGAUUGGUACAGAAUUAUACCAUUUUUGAUAGAAAAAGAUGCGAAAGUGAAUUCUCCAGAUGGGGAUGGUCGACUACCCAUUCACUAUGCCUGUGAACAUGGAAAUUUAGAUCUGGUGAAAUUCCUUGUAACGAAUGGUGCGAAAGUGACGGUUCGGGACGGUGAUGGGCACCUGCCGGUGGAUUACGCAAGUAAAAAUGAAAACUUUUCUAAAGAAAUCACUAAAUUUUUGACAGAGCAAAAUGAAAUUCCGUAA